CCAUGCCCUCUGCCUUUCUUUCUCAACUGCACACUACAGACACUUGCAGCUCAGCCAGACAAAAUGACCACCAGCAACUCGCUUCCCGCCACCUCCAAGGCCGCCGUCAUUGUCGAGCCGUACAAGAUCGAGGUCAAGGAUGUGCCUACUCCUCAGAUCAAGGAGGACAACGACGCGAUCAUCAAGAACACCGCAUCGGGCCUGUGUGGUUCCGACCUUCACAUCUACCGCGGCCACCAGCCGGGCCCAUACGGCUAUGUGAUCGGCCACGAGGCUGUCGGUAUCGUCGCUGCCGUCGGCCCUGGCGUCAAGAAGUUCAAGGUCGGUGACAAGGUUGUGGCGCCGUUCGCGACCACUUGCGGCCGCUGCUACUACUGCAAGCAGGGGUACACGUCGCGCUGCAACGGCGGUGGCCAGCUGCUGGGCUCUGCCGCCAACCCCGGCGCGCAGGCUGAGUACGUCCGCAUCCCCGAGGCUGAGGCCUCGCUCUCCCAUGCCCCGGACGACAUCCCCGAGAAGCUUCUCCUCCUUAUGGCCGACAUCCUCCCGACGGGCUACAGCGCGGCCUACAACGCCCGCCACCUUCUGGAUGACCACCAGGUGGCGCCCUCGUCUGACUUCCAGGUCGGCGCCGUCAAGCAGCCUGAGGGUAAGCGCGGCGUUGCGGUCGUGAUUGGCUGCGGACCUGUCGGACUGUGCGCCAUCACCUCGGCGCUGAGCAUGUUUGAGAAGGUGUUCGCGACCGACCUCGCGCCCCACCGCCUUAAGCAGGCGGAGAAGCACGGCGCCGUCGCGCUUCAGGGCGAGGAGCUGAAGAAGGCCGUGCUCGAGGCCACCGAGGGCCGUGGCGCCGACGCCGCCAUCGAGGUCGUCGGGCACCAGAGCGCGCUCGACACCGGCAUCGACCUUCUCCGUCCUUGGGGCGUGCUUUCCAGCUGUGGCCUGCACACGCACGACGUCAAGAUUCCUGGUCUGACGCUGUAUGGCAAGAAUCUCCGCCUCCAGUUUGGCCGCUGCUCAGUGCUCACCUUCACGCCUGCCGCGCUCGAGAUUCUCCGCCAGAACCAGAGCCUUUUCGCCGACUUCAUCGAGCACGAGGUGCCCCUCGAGAAGGCGCCCGAGUACUACAAGGAGUUCGAGCAGAACAAGAUCGGCAAGACGGUGUUUGUUUUCUAA